AUCAUCGUCAGUCGGUGCAGGGCAGGCGCGGGCCAGGCCAGACGCAGACGGCGAAAGAUAGCAAGUGAGGCAGGUUGGAUUGGAUGUCGCAGGCCAGAGGCCAGACGCACGCACGUUCUUUUCAUUCGCCGCGUGUUUGAUUUUUGCGACUGGAACAUUUUUUGAUGGAGCCGGCGGAGCCGACGCUCGCCCAGACACCCCUCGAGAUGGCUGAGGUCGAGGACGCACCUGUACGAGUGGCUGUGAGAAUCCGACCUCUAAGCGCUCGAGAGGUGACCAACAACAUUGAAGUGUGCACGAAAAUCUCUCCGGAGGAGCCGCAGGUGCAGCUGGGCAAGGGGAAAAAUUUUAAAUAUGACCACACUUUUGACACACACCAUGCGCAGAGCAUCUUGUAUGAGGAAAUAUGUUGCCCAGCUUGUCGAGAGCGCCCUCGAGGGCUUCAACGCUACGGUUCUCGCCUAUGGACAGACUGGAAGCGGCAAGACCUACAUCAUGGGCACAGACUGGGAGCUGUCCACUAGAACUAGCCUAAAAGACAUGGGCAUGCUCCCGAGAGCAAUACGACACAUCUUUAACAGCAUGAAGCUUCGGCAGGAACAGGCGAGAGAAGCUCAAGUUCCGGAGUUUAGUGUUGAGGUAUAGUUCAUUGAACUGUACAACGAAAACCUCUAUGACCUGCUGGAGCCUGAAAAUUCUAUAAAAGAGCCCAAGAAGUUCCGAAUUUUAGUGAUCAACAUGACAGAAUCUCGCUUGACGGUGUCACACGGACGUCUGUAAAGUCAGAGAGGAGGAAGCAUUGAGCUGCCUCAAAUAUGGCGCUCUUAGCAGGUCUACUGGCGAUGAAACACAGCAGAUGAAUCAUCAGUCAUCGAGAUCGUCCCAUGUAAUUUUUAGUAUGCUAAUUCGGCAGCGACGUUCGGUUUCUGAAGGACCUUGUGGAGACAAUGUGGAUGGAGUCACCGGCGACUUCGAGCCUCUCAGCUCUAAGUUACAAUUCGUGGACCUGGCAGGCUCUGAACGAUUGCACCACACCGAUGCCACUGGAAAAAGGGCAAAAGAAGGCAUUAUUUCUAUUAACUUAAGUCUUUUGGCCCUGGGACACGUCAUUUCUGCUCUGGGAGACAAGAAAAAGAGGGCCACGCAUGUCCCCUACAGGAACUCGAAGCUUAACAGGAUGUUGGAAGAAUCGCUCGGUGGAAAUUCCAAAACGGUUAUGAUUGCCUGCGUUUCACCAACGGCUAAAGAUUUCCAGGAAACCUUGGGCACUCUCACAUACGCAGACAGAGCUCGACACAUUAAAAACAGAGUUUCCAAAAACAAAGUAAACAAUGCACAGGAACUACGCCAUCCGGAGCAAGAAGUACAGCGGCUGCAAAAAGAGCUGGCCGAUUGCAAGCAGGAAAACAUCAAGCUCAUAAUGACACAGAAGGAGAAAGAAGACAUUGAGACCCUCACAGCAAGUGAGGAAGGUGAACGCAUCAAGAGAUUCAAGGAUGAUUAUGAGAGGAAGUUGGCCAACAUGCAGAAGGAGCUCAUGACCGCCCAGAACGAGCAAGCCAGAGUUCUUGAAGAGCACUCUGAAUACAAAAGCCAGCUCAGGCAGUUGAGGAGUGAAUUGUCGGAAAUGAAGAAGAUUAAGGUCGGCCCUGAUCUAACAGUCGAGUGUGUGCCUACUAUUUCUGCCACAAUUUCUGAAGACGAUGACGACAAAAGUGAAUUGGUCUGCAAGGAAGACACACAGGCUUCAAACUUGGUCCAGAAGGAAAGGAGAGAACAAGUUCCCAAAGAAGCCAUUCACUUCGCUUGGCGCUUCCUUUUGGCACUGCAAAUUCUUCUGCAGUUGGAAGUAUAUGCUCGGAAUCAGAACAAAAGGGCAUUAAAAAUACAAUGUGCCUGGAGACGCCACGCAGCCCAAAAACGUUUGGUGAAGCUGAAAAAGGAUAUGGCCUUACGACAGUGUGCAGCCGCUACGAAAAUACAGUGCAAGGUUCGCUCCUUUUUGGCAAAAAGAGUCUUAGCCAGACUUCGCCAGGAAGCCCCUCAGAAUAUCCCUGACGAUAAGAAAGAGUACGUCCACUUUUUUGAGGAAGUUCAACUGCUGAAGGAGAGGAAGGAAACUAUUGAUGGCGUCAAGCUGCGCACCGACCAGGACGCACUUAUUUAAGUAUAUAGUGUUGGAAUAUUUGGGCUGUCGGGGUUGUACUGUGGAACAAAAUCUGGAAAAGCUUCACCAAAUUCGAGACUGAGCCGAUCCAUACUUCACAAGGAAAAGAAGAAAGCCGUUGCUGAAUAUGUUCGAAAGAUGGUAGAAGAGGAGAAGGUCAAAUCUACGUUCAGUGCACCAAAGGAAAUAAAGGAAUAUGAAGACUUCAUUGACUACAUCUGCGGCAAAGUGCGUAGCAGCAAUGGAAAAGACAAUUUGCUCCUUGGCACAGAAAAAGAGAAUGGAGACAGCGACUUGCUCUAUAAGCCUAACGAUGCAUUGUCUUGGGUUUAUGGUCGUGCCAUAAUCAAGAAUAACACUUUGAAUGUCGAUCAGUAGCUCUAUGAAAGACUGACGCUUUUAAGGAAAUGUGAUCAAAUUUAACUGUCUAAAAUUGGUUAGUGCAUUUUUUCUCGUAUGUAAUAUCAAUCUGGAUCCUCUUUAAACAUGGUUCAAAUCAGAAAGUCAAGCAGACCCAUAUUUGUCAUUUAUCUUUCAAAUUGUUAGCUCAAAAUGUUUUUUUUCUCCAGACUUAUGAAAUUUACGUUUUCUUGAUUUUUGAGUAGAUAUUCGGAACACUGGGGUGAUACAUGGUCAUAUACAUCGAAAAGACGCGCACAUCAUUUCUCUGUUUUUAGUUGUUAAGGAGAAUUCUCAAUCUCUCUUUUAUUACUGAAGCAUUUGAUUUGUGAAUUUCACUUGAAAUAAGAAGGCGGGCGUUCGCUGCUUGUUCAUUGGUGCUUCUGUUAAAAAAAUCACUCCGUUAGGAAUUUUUUUGCGCAUUUUAAUUUAUUUAAUUUAUUGCUUUUAAUGAUUAUUUGUCGAAUGGAGAUAUUACUUUUGCUGGUAAAUAGGAGCAUUGUACACAAUAUCAGAGAAUCCUUUUGCAGACGACUGUUUAGUAGAUUUUUGUAUUUCAAUAUAAUCAUGGACCAUUUAUUACUUUUGUUUAACACAAUAUGACUGACUAAAGAAGAAUUAAAAUUUAUGUACGGUCAAGACUUUGUGACAAGAACGAUCCACAGAUUUUAAGGAAAAAGGCUUCUAAAAUAUAUUUUAACAAGAAAUUUGGGGGUACUUCUAAUUCAUUUCUGGUUCGUGUGAAUAAAGUAAUAUUUUUUCAUUGAUGAA